GCCUGUGAUCGGUCUUCCCUUUCCUGAAACGAUUUGAUCUCGGUCGCCUGAAUACCUCUGGGCUGCGGCCACAUCGCCAGUCCCCGUUGCUAUUGGGCUAAACCGCUUGCCCUGUCUCUGCAUAUCCUCGGCAUUGGCCAUUUCAUUGGGCUCUGAGUCAAGGCGACCGCCCACCUACUACCAUGCUCGAUUUCAUGAACUAUUGCCUCCAGCAGUACUACAAGACUUUCGGAUGGACUGAGCAAAACUACUACUCGUCCUUAUCAAGUGCAUCAGACUCCAUCCUCAAUUUCGAAACCCCGCACGGUCUUGGUCUGAGACUUGGAAAGCCCAUCUCUCCUUUGCUCUUUGCCUCGUAUUCGCUGGGGCUUCCCAGCGACAAAUCCAUCGGAUUUCUGUUCUCCUCCCUCCCUCUCAAGAUUUCGCCUCUCCCCCUCGUCGAGAAACCUUGGCCGAUAUCCCUUCCAUUUGAUCUCGAGGAUUCCAUCACCGUUACUUCUCAAGAAACCACCGGCACCCUCCCCGAGACCAACCAUAGUCACCUGUCCAACCCGGAGGCUCUGGCCAAGCUUGCACAGCAGAUCUUGACUUGGACCCACUCCAGGCUCCCAACCCUCGAAGAGGAUUAUUUGCUUUACGGACGCCUUGAUCAGGAUUUUUCACUCGAAGGUCUCUACAGUCGACGUUUGUUGAAAUCGACCUUCUUGGUCGUGUCGGGAACAAACUCCUGGUCGACGCCAGCUUCAUCGAUACACACUCAACUCCUCCACAACAGCUCCCGAUGGUGCGGAGAGCUAAGCUACACGAGCGAAGAUCACAUCUUUGGCCUGAGUGGGCUAUAUCGCUUCCUCAAUUCCGGCUGGGCUGUCGGUGGAGAGCUCUACUAUACCGCACGAGAGCGCAGCGGUGGGCUAUCGCUAGGUGCUCGCUACAGUCGGCAAUACGCCGAAACGGCGCACUCGGUCAUGAGCUUCGUCUGCAAUCCGAUGAUGGGUCAUCUCUCGGCCACAUACACAGCCACGGUGCGCCCUCACCUCGAUAUCUCAACCCGAUAUGACCUCAACGUAUUCAGCUUCGAGUCUGAUGUCUCGGCCGGCCUCGAGUAUUCGCCCAUUGACAAGGCUCAUGUGUUCAAGACCAGUGUCAGCCUUGCAGAGGGAUUCGCCGUAAAGUUCGAAAGUCGAUUUCAUCGCCUGAUUGCGAGCGUGGGUCUGAAAACAGGCUUCCAGCGUCAUUCGAUGCAAUCGCUUGGACUUGAGUUGCAAUUUUGCUGACACUGUAUGACUAAAGUAUGGCGAAGCUUGCCCAAAUAGUCAGUCGCAGCCUCAACAUUUUCGAGCAUCGCACGAUCCAUCCGAUAUUCCGGGCCGAGCUCCGUAAAUACCGAGCGCCGGUCGACGUUUUCCUUACCCAGUGGCGCAGUUGCUGUCACUGUUGUGCUUGAAUCGCCAAUGGCACAUUCUCGAGCAUAAGAGACCUGGAUGGACCUCGGCA